GUUCCUUAUUCUCCGUCUCCUCUUUGUGCGUCAUACGUAUGUAUGUUUGUAUGUUAGUACGUCUGUGUAAUACACGCGUUACGACGCUCAUAAUAGCAACCGUGUGUGCUGUAUUGCGUCCGUAUUUUUAUAUUCGUAAAUAUUUACCGCAAUUAUGCCGAAAACUAAUGCAGAAAAGUGUCGUGAAUAUCGACAGAGAAAAAAACUAAAAGAAAAUAAAACUAAAAAAACCGCAAAGACUUCAACAGAACGUGUACGUGAAUUUCGUGCACGCCUACCUAGUGCGCAACCUAGUGUUUCUACUGUGCAUAACAAUGCAUCCACUGUGCAAAAUUGUGAAAACGAUCAUCGUCUAAUGGAGUACAAGGAUGAAAUACAUGCGGAAGCUGAAACGGUUUCAUCAAUUGACAUAAAAGUGGAGUUUUCUUGCGCCGCACAGUCUGAGGAGGUGCAACGCUCUCCACUUCUUGAUCAUGAAAUAAAACAAGAAGAUGAAUUAAUAAUCAAUGAUGAUGAAGUCUGGCAAAUCACUUCGGAUGGAAAUCGACUAAAUAUCGAAGAGCCAAAUGGCCCUUUGACAUCAAAGACGAAUCUUGUAACUUCUCCCAGCAAGGCCUGCAAAGGACCACAGGACACUGAAAGUGCCGACAACAAUCAAUGCACAUUUUAUGAGUGUGUGUUUACGCGCUUAUAUGUUCUCGAUUUAUGGCGCACAGAAAAGGGAACCGAAUCGGAAAAAGCGAAAACCGUAAUUGAAGUUCUACGAGAAAAGAUUGAAAGUCACGGCUACAAUCCCGAGUUGAACGAACUAGAAAAACGCCUUAACUACGUAUGCAAACAAAUUGUAACUAUUUGGAGAAAAUACAAAAGACAUAGAAGUCAUAUUAUUCAAAAGAAGUCUAAAUGGUUCAAUCAAAAGGAAAGAAUUUGUGCCUACAAAAUGUCGCAGGUACCACCAACAAAUAAUAAUAAUAAUAAUAAACUGGAGAUAGAAUUCAUAGAGUGUUCUGAGAAGAUAAGACAGGCAAGACUUAAUGACGAUUUUAUAGCUUCUGCCUUGCGCUCAGGGAACUCAAAAUCAAUUUCAAUGCCAUCCGGAAUUAAUCCCAAUGAAGUACUCCCACUGCUCGACGAGGCUAAGUUGAGUGAAUAUCAAUAUUUGCUUAUUCGUAGUUUUAUUAAUAGUAAAACUUCCUGUAAUUUGUUACCGAGUUACGAAAAGCUUCUCACAGCUAAAGCCUUAAAUAUAAGUAAAUCAGCAGCCAACGUUGAAGCACAAAACUAAAUUUUAUAAUGUUGUUAAAAACUUAUGAUGCUUACAUUAAAUAUACUUAUAGUUAUAAUAACAACAAUUUAAUUGUAUUUUCCAUUUUUUUUAUAAAUUCAACCGAAACAGAUAUUAUUAUUCUCUCGUUUAAGAGAAUGUACAAACUUUUGGGUAUAAGCCAUUCCAUACAGGAGCUGUAUGUGACAAUAAACAUUCAUAAAACUAGGCUUCAUUUACAUCUACCAUAAUUUUUAAUUG